AUUGGCUGUAAACCGUAGCCGGGCGGGACAACUUUCAGGAAGCGAAGAGGUUUUGCUUUCUGUUUGGCACCCGGUCAUUGAAGAACACUGGAAAAGAAAGCUAAAAACAAAACGACAUACGCGGCUUGAAUUCCUAUCAGAGUUUUCAUGGCCCCGCCAAGAAAGCGGGCAUUACCCAAACCACUUCCGGACGGCUUUGUGCUGACUGACACUGAGAAGAAGAAAUGGAGGCUGGGGAAGAUCAUUGGUCAAGGUGGCUUUGGGCUGAUCUAUCUUGCCUCCCAGGAUGUAGACAGACCUAUUGCAGCAGACACUGACUUUGUCAUAAAAGUGGAGUACCAGGAGAAUGGCCCCCUGUUCUCGGAGCUCAAGUUCUACCAAAGGGCAGCCAAACCGGAGAACAUUCAAAAAUGGAAGAGGAGUAGGAAAUUGGAGUUCCUGGGCAUACCAAUGUACUGGGGAUCAGGGCUCGCAGAGUAUAAUGGCCUCAGGUAUCGUUUCAUGGCCAUGGACCGACUGGGAAGUGAUCUUCAGAAAGUCUUUGAGCACAGUGGAGGUCGACUGAAGAAAGCCACCGUGCUUCAGCUUGGUCAAGGACUGGUGAAUGUACUGGAGUAUAUUCAUGAGAACGAGUAUGUCCAUGCAGACAUUAAAGCUGCCAACCUCAUGCUGGGCUACAGAGACCCUGAACAGGUCUACCUAGCAGACUAUGGACUGUCCUACAGGUACUGUCCUGACGGGGUCCACAAAGAAUAUAAGGAAAACCCCAAGAAGGGCCACAAUGGAACCAUCGAGUAUACCAGUCUAGAUGCCCACAAAGGAGUUGCUCCAUCCAGACGUGCUGACCUCCAGAUUUUAGGUUUUUGCCUUCUUCACUGGCUAUGUGGGUCUCUGCCUUGGGACAGUGUUCUCAAGAACCCAACUCAGGUCCAGGAGGCUAAGGCCAGGCUGAUGGAUAAUCUGCCAGGCUCAGUCCAGCAGCUGUCAGUGAGCGGAGCCAGCACAGAUGAGGUGGCCGCAUUUCUCCUUUAUGUGAAAACUCUGAGCUACCAAGAUAAGCCAGACUACAAGCAUCUCAAAGAGAUGUUGGCCAGCGCUGUCACAGGAACACUUGACUUCUCCAUACCUCAAGGAUCUGCAGGGCAGUCAACCAGCAAGGCACAAGAUCCCCCCACUAGGACAAAGAAAGCUGGACGAGCCAGAAGCUCCUCCAAAGCCAAGGCUGAACCCCAAGAGGAUGAUGAUGAUGAUGAACAACAGGAGAAGAUGAAGUCUGAACCAGUACAAACUCGCAGCACUAGAGGACCACCCCCCACUAAACCUCAGGCCCAACAGAAGGAAGACGGAUUGUUAGCUACUGCCAGAUCACUGAGGCCGAGACCUGCAGUGACUUAUAAAGAAGACACUGAAGAGGAGGAGGAAGAGGAAGAAGAUGAGGAGGAGGAAGAGGAAGAGGCCAAACCCAGACCCAUUCCUGCAUGUUAUUUGAGAGGCCCUCCAAUAGGCCCCAGAGCUCAGCCUAAACAGAAACGCGAAUCCAACUGGACCGACAGGAAAACAGAAAACCUCACAGUGACGUCGGAGAGACAGGAAGGACGGACACAUCCACAGGAGAUUAAACACAUAGUGAAGAACCCAACACACCUGCAGUACAGGGAAAGACAGGAUGAAAGACAGCUCCACUACAGAACAGGCUACAACCAUGGACGGUGGUGGGACAGAGAGCUCUGUCAUGGCGAAUGGGCAGGGUCUGCUAUCAGACGCCCGCCACAGGAAGCUACUCCCACACAGCGGAAUACAGUCUUUUCCUGGUUCCUCUUAGUGGGCGCCUUCCUUUUCUUGACUGUUGUUCUUGAAGUUUGUCAAAGUGCAUUUCUGAGCGGGUAAAGGAUCUACUUGUCUGUUGAGUCGGAGCUGACAGGAACACAAAUACACUUCUUAGGACCUCUGGGCUGCCAUUUUCACAGUAAUGGGCUGAAACACAAGGAGAAUCCUCAGUUUAUUCUGCUUAUCUCAAGAAGAAGAAGAAUCAACUUUUAUUGGCCAUCCUUAGUUGAACACACACAUGCAACACCCGGCAAAUUACAUGCAGUGAAACACACACAGGAGCAGUGGGCAGCAUUAAAUGUGAAAGAUCGUUUUGUGGAAAAAGUGAAGUGGCCUCUCGUUUCUGACAGGACUGCAGAUAUAGCAUGCAAAAAAAAAAAAAAAAAUGCUCUCAAUCAUGAGCACAAAUAAAACCGUCUUUGACUCAAAGGGACGCUGCAUUCAGAUGUCACACUCUUAACUCACUCCCAUCACACGUGGAAUAUCUCGAGCAAAACCGACUGAAUGCAACAUAUUGUACUGAGGAGCCUUUCAGCAGAGCAGAGGCCAUGUGAUGUAUAGAGCCACGCUAAUUAAGAAUGAUGAAUGUUUAGCGAGUGUGCAGUGAUGCUCUGUGAAUGCGGCUGUCAGUCACACGUACGGUACCUUGCUGCAGUAAGGACACUCUCCAAAGACAAUGUUGAAGCUCUGCCUGCUGGAGGGGAGUGCUCGCAGCCACUGGAAGAAAAGAAAAAAAAGACUACUUCAUCAAAUCAAUACCUUGGAUGUGAUGUGUCAGUGUCAAGUGAUAAUAAAGCUUGUUUCAGCACACACUUGUUACUGCACACUUUAAAGGUAUAUUCAAGACACUGAAGUAGUUUAAGGGCUUUUUAUGUGAAAUUUUGUCUUAUCACUUUUCCCAUCUCUCUUUGUAUGCUCUGAGUACACUGAAUAAAGCUGUGAGGCACAUGGA